UUUAUUUUCUUUCUUUAUUUAUUUUUAUUUUAUUUUUUUUACCCUUUUUAUUCGUACAGAAAUCAACUUUUUUUUUCUUAUUCAUGUCAAUUUUUCGAUCUGCUGCUACUAAACAAGCUCAUCAUCUUAAAAGAUUAGGUACUCGUUAUCAAUCUACUCAAAUUGUUAAGUCUGAAUUUCAAGCAGAAAGAGACGCUGUUAAAGCUCAUGCUGCAGAAUCUGCUGGAACUUGGAAAAAGAUUUCGAUCUUUGUUUGUAUUCCAGCUCUUUUAGCUUCUGGUUACAAUGCAUACACAUUAUAUGAACAUCAUCAAGAACAUGCUAAAGAACAUCCAAAGGAAUGGGUUAAAUAUCCCUAUAUUAAUUACAGAGCUAGAGAUUACUUCUGGGGAAAAAACUCUUUAUUCUUUAAUCCUAAAGUUAACCUUGAUGCUACUGAAGAUAGUUCUUAAUAACGAUGAUUAUUGUUGUUGUUGUUGUUCAAAAAUAAAGUCAUAUCUACUUAAUAAAUGAGCUAUAGUUGAUAAUUGUGCACCAUAACGUGCUGAGUUAUCAUAUAAUUCAAAUAAUGGAAUUGCUAAUAAUUUCAUAUUUUUUGGAACAGAUAAUACUUCUGAUUUUGAUUAUUAGUCCCAAACUAUGUUAUUGUACUAUUAUAAAACAAAAAUAAAAGCUUACUUUUAGGAGGUAAAUGGACUAUAUACAA